CUCUGUCAAUGGAGAAUGGCUACAACCCCCAGAAUUCAACAGUCCUCUCCGCGAGGAAGACCGGUCUGAGGAUGCGCAGUAAGGGGGACUGGCCCGGAAGCGCAAAGGCGCCGAGCCGCCGCGCUGCGCCGUGCGCAGGCUCCCUCCGCAGUGGGCGGCUUUGUGUUGGCUCGGGCGCGUGCUGACCUCUCUCGCGUCGGGAGCCGAGUCCUAGAGGGUAAGCGGGACGGGUGGCAGGCAGAAAGAGUGGUUUCCGCUCCCGUAGCGCCCCAGGAAAGGCCGCUACCCUCGCGUACGUGGUCCUGCUGCUGCGUCCGGCUGCGCUAGGAAAUUGCGCAGAGUGCGGCGGCCAGACGCUGCUGGCCGACGCCGCGGCGGGACGCCGGGAAGCGGCAGCACCCAGGGGACAACAUGCCAACUGCCAAGCAGCUAGCUGACAUUGGCUACAAGACCUUCUCUACCUCCAUGAUGCUCCUCACUGUGUACGGGGGUUACCUGUGCAGUGCCCGGGCCUACCGUUAUUUCCAGCGGCGCAGCUCCCAGCGCCAGGCUGCAGAAGAACAGAAGACCUCAGGAGUCCUGUAGGACUGCAGGUUUUUCUCCUUGAGCAGAGAGGCCUGAGGCGUGCUGUGGAAUGAUCUCACCUGCAAUCAUUUUCAAGUCGCGAGAACUAGGUCCUUAAUGGUUUUCAAAUCGUGCUGAAAAAAAGUGCCGCUGUUCUCUCUGGUACCGCCGGUUUGGGGCGGCUGUGGGAUCACAACAGGAAUGGGAGGAUGAGGCACAUCUGUGCACAUUAAAUAUUUUGC